AUGGUGGAAGCAAAAAAUUGGUCCAUUAUCAUGCAAGACAUUGUGAACAUUUUGUAUGAAGACUCCUUGGUAGCCAAAGGAUUGAAAGAAGGACUGAUUGUCAACAUUGGAGAUGGAUGCAAUACUAGAUUCUGGGAAGAUCGAUGGACUUGGGACCUAGCAUUCAGAAGAGAUUUUUUUGAUUGGGAAUUGGAGAUACAUAGCACCUUCAUCAACCUUAUAAAUAGUCACUUUCCUUCGAGAGGAUUCAGGGACCACAUAUGCUGGUGUUUUGAAAGCUUCGGGUUAUUCUCAAUGAAAGGAUUAUGCAAGUGGAUCGAGGACAAGGUAAAUGAAGGAGAACAAUGGGCACUACCAUCUCAGGUGAGGAAAAUAGUCCCACCUAAGGUGAGAUUGCUAUUUUGGCAGGGGUGUUACAACAAGAUAGCUUGCAAACAAAAUCUUCUGAGUCGUGGGGUUUCUUUGGAGGACAAUGGCCUCUGCUCGCUAUGCUCCCAAGCUCCUGAAACUGCUGAUCACCUUUUCCUACACUGCUUGCUGUCUUGGAGCAUGUGGAGUGACAUAGUAAAAAGAGAAGGCGUUGCUUGGGUACCUCCAAACUCCCUGGUUGAUUUAGCCAAACAGUGGGAUUUCCUUUGUGUUAAUUCAGACCCUAUCUUAUGGAAAUUAAUCCCUUAUUCUCUGGUUUGGUUCCUAUGGGUCAGAAAAAACGACUUGGUAUUCAAAGAUAAAGCCUUCAACAGAGAAAAAGUUUGGGAUAUGCAUGUUAUGCAAAUUAAAUGGUGGGUGAAAGCUAAAUGGAAGGACUGCCCUUACAACACUGAACAAUUUAACGCAAAUUUCUGCAAUAUAAGAAUGAAAAUGACUGCAGUGAGUGUAAGGACAACAACUUGGCAACCUCCAACGCUAGGUACUCUCAAAUUUAAUGUUGACGGUGCUUCUUAA